CACACACACACACACACACACACACACACAUUGUCUGCAUACUGAAAACUUAGAUGACACCGAGGAGGCUUCCAUCUUGCCGAGGCAAAGUUAAAGGGAUCUUUGAAUUGAAAAGGAGUAAACAGAUUCCAAUGGUAAUGUGCUGUUGCUAAAAUUCAAAAAAUCAAACAGCGACUGUGGUUUUGUUCAAACGUUUUGGCCCCGUCCUGAGUCAGAACCUGGUAACCCCCUCCCCUUUGCCAGCUUUUAAUCAUGGGGGUGUAAAUAUUCUGCUUUGGGGGGCGUGUGACUGCACGGACAGAGGGAGGAGUGGAUUCCACUAAACAUCAGCAGAUUCUGGGGGCAGGCGUCUUGCAACGGGAGCGUGAUCCAAAGCAGACCGCAAAAUCCCCCACAGACCACUUCGAGCCACACAAGCUGUCGCUUUUGGAGCAGAGACACUCACAUACAUGCACCCGGAGAUAAAUUGUUUUCAGGUGAACAAAAGUUUGUAAAGCACAAACAGGAAGUUAAAAGAUUAUGUGAAGGAAAGGUAAACGAAUAAAGACGAUAAGAUUUGGAAAUGAAAAAACCUGAGGACACAGUGUCAGCAGCAAAACAUAUAGACAGACAAGACAUUUCAGACUGAAAGAGACUGGAUUUGGUUCAAUUUCAACCAAUCUGCGAGUUUCCAUUCAGAUCCAAAUCCCAGAGCCUUGUUCCGGGAUUUAACGGGACGGCUCUUGACCUCUGACGUCCUACCACGGGCGGCGUCGCCUCCAGCUGAAGACGGACGCCGACAGCUGACGGAGAGCUGGACUCGGCUGAAGACAGAGCCUGAGCUUUCCGUCUCCGACCGGCCGACCGACGACGUCCUCCAACAUGGACAGCACCGGCAACCUGUUUCACCCCAGCCUGGCAGCUGCUCUCAUGAAGCUCGAUCCAGAGGACGGAGAGCAGAUCAUGGAGUAUUUUAAAACUCACGCCCUGCUGACAAGAGAGAAAGCACUCCUGCAGACGUCGGUGAGAGAGCAGAAGAAGCUGCUGGUGGAAAACGCCAAACUGAAGAAAGACAUCGAACAGCUGAGAGGUCAACUGCAGGAGAAACAAAGGAGACGCACCGCCAAGGCCUUGCUCGCCCCGGCUCCACCUCCUCCGACCCGCGGCCCCGCCCCGGCAACACCUGUCGGUCACCCCGCCUCCCCCGCUGGGGCGACAGCUGCGGCUCCCACAAAUCCUCCUCCUCCCUCCUCUUCCUCGGACGACCGGAGAGAGACACAGGGCCGGCGGAGGAGAGGCGAGAGGAAAGCUCGCCCCACCUCUGACUCUCUCUCUCUGGGGGCGGAGCCCCAGGUUGACGUGUCCCGUCUCGACCUGAGGGUUGGACGGAUCCUGAGCGUCCGCCGCCACCCGUUGGCCGAGACAAUGUCCAUCCAGGAGGUGGACAUGGGAGAAAACGCCCCCCGGACGGUCAUCAGCAAGCUGGGAGGGAAAACACACCUGGAGCAGCUCCAGGGUGUUCUGGCUGUGCUGCUGUGCAACGUGAAGGCCAGUAAGAUGAGGGGCGUGGUCUCGCAGGCCCGCCUCCUCUGUUGCUCCUCCUCCUCCGGCGGCUGCGUUGAACUGCUGGCCCCGCCCACGGGCUCCGCCCCAGGAGACAGAGUCACCUUCCUCAACUACCCCGGUGACCCAGACAGAGAGCUGCAGGCCAAGCAGAGGGUUUGGGAACUCCUUCAGCCCGACCUGCGUGUGGACUGCAGGGGUGUGGCCAACUACAAAGGCUGCGGGUUUGAGGUGAAGGGGAAGGGGCUCUGCAGGGCCCCCUCCCUCACCAACUGCGUCAUCAGGUAGACGUGAGGGGCCCCAACACACAGGGCAAGACAUGCUGACGGCGUGACGCGCAGAGGACCUUUACUGGGAAAAGCCUGCUCUGCUUAGCCAAGGCAGCAAAUGGUUUACGAUGGCGCCGUCGGCUAACAAAAAAA